CCAGUGUGAUAAGGGACGCCAUUCAAGCGAAAGCACCCACAACUGGCGAAUCGGUUGGCGGCGGCGUUGAGCUGGUUAGUACCGGCCCGUUUCCGUCCCAUUCGAGUUCUGGACGCCAUCGAAAGUGGUCGUUCCAGUGGUCGAUUCUCUCAUAGUUUGCUCCCGGGUACCCGUGUCGAGCCUAUAUUAAUCGAUUACGAGAAGCGAUGUUCCGCCGUUCAAAGUGGCUUCCACCAUAAAAUAAAUUAAUUUAAAUUGUUCGCGAAGCGUGGCAUGCGGUAGCGGAAUCGCCACGCCGAAAGAGAGCAAAAGUGAUCGUUCGCGCGGGUGUGAGAAUCAAGAAGUGGGGCUCAAUACUGGACAAAACGUAAACAAGUUUGUUCAAACAAAAUUUGUCGCUUACUUGUUCCGAAUAGUAGAACGGCGUGGCAGAGUCAUAUUGAACGUUUAAUAGAGUGAUGAAUCGGCGCAGAAGUGGCUACAUAAUCGAGUUCAAAACUGAUCGAUUUCUAAUCGAAUUGAGUCACAGGUCAGAACCGACCGAUUGGGACCCAUCCAGGCGAUUGUUUGUUUUAUUUGACGCUAAUUGAGCAUCAAUACAGUGCAGUGGCGGUAAUCGCGGGCUGGUGCUGCCGGAAACUAUUUUUGGUGUAUCAAUUGAGAUUCGUCGAGCUCUGCGUUGAACCAUGUUGCACCGCUUCAUCGGCGUGCAACUGAUAAGUGCUCUCCUCUUGCUCAGUAUUUCUUCGUCAAAAGGUGAACCCAACAAUGGCCAGCGUCCUCAUAUCGUCAUCAUCAUGGCUGACGACUUGGGCUGGAACGAUGUCGGGUUCCACGGAUCCAAUCAGAUCCCGACGCCCAACAUCGACGCGCUGGCUUAUGACGGUAUAAUCCUCAACCGGCACUACACUGCACCAAUGUGCACCCCUUCGAGGGCAUCUCUGAUGACCGGGAAGAACUCGGCCACCAUCGGAAUGCAGCACUACGUCAUAGUUUCCGACGAACCGUGGGGUCUGGGCCUUGACCAGAAGAUCAUGCCGGAGUAUUUCAAGGAGGUGGGCUAUCGUACGCAUCUGGUGGGCAAGUGGCACUUGGGAUUCUCCGCGAAGCAGUACACGCCCACUAUGCGAGGGUUUGACACCCACAUCGGCUAUCUGGGACCUUACGUGGACUUCUGGGACUAUACCCUGAAGAUGGAUGCGCCGAAGAGUUUCGACGGUUACGAUAUGCGGCACAAUCUUGAAGUGGAUCGGACUGCAAACGGAACCUACGCCACAGAUCAUUUCACCAGGGCAGCCUCGUCGAUUAUUGAAAGCCAUAACACACAGGACCCAUUGUUUCUUGUUGUUAAUCAUUUGGCACCACAUGCCACAAAUGAUAAUGACCCGCUGCAGGCUCCAGAGGAAACUAUUAAAAAGUUUGAAUACAUUUCAGAUGAGAAUAGGAGAAUCUACGCCGCCAUGGUUUCCAAACUUGACGACAGCGUUGGGCAAAUUUUCAGCAGUUUGAAGUCGAAGAAUAUGCUGGACAACUCGAUCAUAUUGUUCAUUUCGGAUAAUGGAGCGCCAACAUCUGGAUUACAUGCAAAUUACGGAUCAAACUAUCCGUUAAGAGGAAUUAAAAGCGUUCCAUGGGAAGCGGCAACUCGAUGCGUUGCCGCCAUCUGGAGUCCGCUGCUGCGAGAGAGGCAAAGGGUCUCGAAUCAAUUCAUACAUAUCUCUGAUUGGCUUCCGACGCUGGCUUCGGCCGCCGGUUUCACAAUCCCCUUCCCAGAGAGUCACUCGGAAAUUGACGGCCAAGACCAGUGGGAAGCCUUAUCUUACGAUACAGGAAAUCCCCGCCGAGUAGUUCUAAACGUAAUUGACGAAAUUUACGGCUACACCAGCUACAUGGAAAAUGGCUUCAAGCUCAUCAACGGAACGUUGUCCAACGGCGCUUUAGAUGGAUGGUACGGACAAUUGAACAGCUCAGAUCCCACCCUAAGCGAUGAUGAAUACAUCGACUUGGUCCUUCAAACGGAGGCUACAAAGUGGGCUGAAGAAACCAUUUCCAGGAACACGAUCAAGUACCUCCGCAAGCAUGCUCGUGUGAACUGUAAUCAACAAAUAGAAUUCAACCAAUGUAAUCCACUGAUUCGACCAUGCCUUUUCGACAUCAUAAACGAUCCGUGCGAGUUGAACGAUCUUUCCCGCAAGAACCCCCAGAAGUUGCGAGAGCUGCGUUCAACGGUACAAGCCUAUCGUCGGUUAGCCGCUAAGCCCAGAAACAAACCCGGCGAUCUUGCGGCCAACCCGGCCAACUUUGGUGGCAUCUGGACCUGGUGGAGACCGGAUCUGACCCAGGAUGAAAUCGACGAACUAACGCAGGCGGAACUUGAUCGCCAGGCCUACCAACCGAUUCCACCGCCUCAUUCUAGUCUACCGGAGGACAUCCGAUUGCCUUUGAUUAUCACGAUUGUCGUGCUUGGAGUCUUGUUCGUAUCCGGCGCCCUUCUCUAUAUGUCCAAUAAAAAUUUGCUGCGACUGUUCUCCAGAUCCAAAGGAACGACAACUGUGUCGACAGUGCAAGCUACCGAUUUGUCUCAAUCGGAAAGUGCUAGCAGCAAUGGGAAAUUUUCCGAUGUAUUUCCACAAUCUCCGUCUUCUCCGCCGACAAAUCCCAAUGUGUAUAAAAUCGGUGGUAGUCGAUUGGAUAGGUACUGAGAUAGUCGAGCAUGAUUUCGAUAAGUAAAUAGGGCCCAACUGGAUAGAAAUGGGUAUGAUAAGGUUCGCAAUAUCCCACUUGAGAGUCAUAUUGCUGUCAAUUUUUGUACAUAUCAAAAGAUGAAAAUACUAAGCUUUAUUUACGUUUUAAGGAAACUCUCAUUUGAAAAGAUUAAAUCAAAUCUUUUGAAUCAUCCAUUGCAUUUUUUGCAAUACCAAAUGAACGAAUAAGAUAAGGAUAAGGGCACGUCGUAAAUACAAAAGUGUACUUAAUGAAAUAGCAUUUUUGUGAUAAAAAACUAGUGGAAAGAACGAAUGUUUACCUGCAUUCUA